AUGUCUGCCGCUUUCAAGAAGGCCACCGAAGACUCCAAGAAGAUCGUCAACGAUCCCAGCAACGAUGAGCUCCUCGAGCUCUACGCCCUCUACAAGGUCGGCAACGGCGAGGACAUCGCCAGCGCCCCCUCCCCCGGCAUGUUCGACCUGAAGGGCAAGGCCAAGAAGAACGCCUGGCAAAAGGUCGUCGACGAGGGCAUCUCGGCCGACGCCGCCCAGGAGCGCUACGUCGCUCUCGUCGAGCAGCUCAAGGCCAAGCACGGCUUUGACGAGAACAAGGUUCCUGCAUCUGUUGGCAAAUAA